AUACACUUGGAAAGUGUUUGAAACGAAAUAUUAAUAGGAAUGUAAAGAGUUCAGAAUAACCAUCAUGCAUAAACAAGUUUUAUUGCUUCAUAUGUAAAGAGACAUGCAAAUUGGUUGUUUUCAUCGCGAUUCUAUCAGAUUUAUUAUCUGCAUAAGCACAAAACAGAUAUUCUACUUUGACAACUGCAAAUUUAAUCGUCUUUUCACUUUUCUGUAUGGAGCAUGAUUUAUCUAUGAUUUACCAAUUGAAAUAAUUCAAUAUGUCAAUCAAGCGUAUGCUUACACUACUCACAAUUUUGUGCUGUUUAGUUCUUUUGAUAAUCAUUUUGAGCAGCUUUGCAAUUCAUGAUCAAGUUCAGCUCAACUUGCAAAAUCCUGCCAGCAAUAUGUUGAAUACACUCUCUUCAAAUGAUAGUGACUUGCAAAAGUUGCUGGAUUUAAAAGAGUUCACAUACAUUAUUAAUACCCAUUGUAAAUAUUCAUUCCAAAAUUAUAAGACAAUCAAAAGCUUUGACCAUCGCUUCAAGUUUGUUUGGCUAAUCACUUCUUAUGCUGGCGAUAAUACCAAACGAAAUGCUUUAAGGGCAGCUUAUAAUGCAAAGCAACUUACUCAGCUUGGUAUUAGAAGAAUUUUUUUACUAGGAUCUUUGAAUAAAAGUGCUCAAAAGAAAACAGGAAUUACACAAGCUAUUAUAAAAAAAGAAGCAGAUAAGUUUCAAGAUGUUAUUCAAGGUAAUUUUAUCGAAGCCUACAAAAAUUUAACUUAUAAACAUUUGAUGGGACUUCAAUGGGCUAUUGAUAAAUGUAGCAAUACUUACUCAUAUAUUAUGAAAAUGGAUGAUGAUAUUGUUAUCAACUUAUAUGAAGCAAUGGAACUUUUAAAAAAUAAAUCAUCAAUUAAUGAUGGAAAAGAUUUUUUAAUGGGAUAUGUAUUAGAUCAUAUGACUCCUAUUAGAGACAAAGAAAGCAAAUGGUAUGUUAGCAAAGAUGAAUAUUCUUCAGAAACAUAUCCUUAUUUUUUAUCAGGAUGGCUUUAUUGGAUUAGUAUGGAAACUGCUUAUAAAAUACUCCAUCAAAGUAGAUUGCACUCUAAAUAUUUUUGGAUCGAUGAUCUUUUUAUCACAGGCAUUUUAAGAAAUAAGGCUGAUAUUCACAACAUUGUUAAUGUCAACGAGUUAUUCACAACAGAUUAUAGAUACUUAAUUUGUUGUUUAAAAAAUGAUGAUAGCAGUACAAAGUACAAAUGUGAUUACUUAGUGGGACCUGAUGGAGGUGAACCUUAUCUAUUAAUGACCUUCCAAAAAUAUAGUGAAGAUUGUUACUAUCGUUAUAAUUGUAAAACUCGCCCAAUAGAACAAUCAUUAAAUAAUAAAUGUAUUUUGGAUGCUGGAAAUACAAAUCUUGAUAUAGGAAGUGCUCAUAUUGAAGAAAUACCAAUUGAUGCUAUUUAA